CUGCUCUCUUCUACCUCGCUCGGUAUCUGGGGGCGGGCCUGGAACUCUUGCCCUUGACCCUCUUCCCAGACCGGGUUCCGGGCUCUCCGGCCUUUUCGAGGAGGAGCCGCCGGGGUCGGGGCUGUCCCUUCCAGAGAUUCGAAUCCAGCCUCAGGCACUGACUAGCAGAAUGACCCAGGCCAAGUCACUAAACCCUCUUUUCCCAAUUCCUCUUUUUUGGCAAACUAAUUCAGCAUCUUUGCCAGGAAAACUCUAAAUGGGGUCACAGAAUCUGACACUGAAAAUAUCACAAGUGCCUUCAACCUUUUUUGAAAAUUUCUGAAGAUGAAAUGACUAAAAAGCUCUGCCUUGGAACCAAUGUUUAGUAUUAAUUCUAAGAUAGAAGAAGAGUUCUGCUUCCUGUGAAAGGAAAUGAAGAUAAAAUUGAAAUCCUUAAUUAUAAAUUAGAUGGAUUUAUGUUAUUUUCAAUGUCUCUUCUGGAUUGUUUCUGUACUUCACGAACACAAGUUGAAUCAAUCAGGACUGAAAAACAAUCUGAAACCAGCAUCCACCAAUCCUUGGUAGAUGAGCCAACCUUCUCUUGGAUACCUUCCUCUCCUGGAAGCAGGGAAACACCAUUAUGCUCUUCCAAUGUUUCUCACUAUGAACUCCAAGUAGAAAUAGGAAAAGGAUUUGACAAUUUAACUUCGGUCUACCUCGCACGGCAUACUCCCAGUGGAACAUUAGUAACUAUAAAAAUUACAGACCUGGAAAAUUGCUCUGAAGAACAUUUGGAGGCUUUGCAGAAAGAAGUGAUACUCUCUCACUUUUUCCGGCACCCAAACAUUACAACAUACUGGACAGUGUUCACAACUGGCAGCUGGCUUUGGGUUAUUUCUCCAUUUAUGGCUUAUGGUUCUGCAAGCCAACUCUUGAGGACUCACUUUCCUGAAGGAAUGAGUGAAACUUUAAUAGGAAACAUUCUCUUCGGAGCAGUGAGAGGGUUAAACUAUCUGCACCAAAAUGGCUGUAUUCACAGGAGUAUUAAAGCCAGUCACAUCUUGAUUUCUGGAGAUGGCCUUGUAUCUCUUUCUGGUCUGUCCCGUCUCUACAGCUUGGUUAACCACGGUCAAAGAUCCAAGGCUGUGUAUGAUUUUCCCCAGUUCAGUACAUCAGUUCAUCCAUGGCUGAGCCCAGAACUUCUAAGACAGGAUCUGUAUGGUUAUAAUGUGAAGUCAGAUAUUUACAGUGUUGGCAUUACAGCAUGUGAAUUAGCCAAUGGGCAUGUACCUUUCCAAGACAUGCACCGUACACAGAUGCUAUUACAAAAACUGAAAGGUUCUCCCUCCUGCCUAUUAGAGAGAAACGCAUCCCUUCAAGCAGAAUCCAGGUCAAAAAACUCUCGCUCUGGUGUAGACUCUGGAAUUGGAGAAAGUGUGCUGGUUUCUAGCCUCACACACACUGUGACUAGUGACAGACUGCAGACUCCAUCCUCAAAAACUUUUUCUCCUGCUUUCCAAAGUUUGGUUGAAUUAUGUUUGCAACAAGACCCUGAAAAAAGGACAUUUAGAAAGCACCCGAAUAGUAGCAGCAGACUCUCCCUGGCAUCCCUUUGGACCGUCAGCAAGCACUUUGCUCUCUCAUGCUUUUUUCAGACAGAUAAAAGAACAAACCCAGGAUUCAAUACUUUCAUUGCUGCCUCCGACCUAUGGCAAAUGGCCAGUGGCAGUGCCCCCAGUAUCCACCUGGACUGAGCCUAACUGUAAUCUUCGUGAUGAAGAAGAUGGAGGCUGGGAAUUCUAGAGAUGCCAAAUCUCUCUUAUGUCCUAUUUACUUGACCUCUUUGCUGCUUUUUCUCUACAUUGUCUAAGUACAUGUGCCAGAGCCAUACUUGAAAAUACAGUUGUUGCACUGGAAAUUACUUUUGAACCACUCUUUCCAAAGGGGGCACUGCUCUAGCAUCCUUUCCAAAUGGCUCGAAGUGCUAUCACGAGUCCUGGAAACUUCGGAAGCAGGAAUUCGGUUGCUUUCUCAUGCCCUUUUAGUUAUGUAUUUUGUUCACACUGUGAUUAAUUCCUCUCAAUCUCCCAACAUAGCAUUGGUCUGUUUCCUCCUGUUCUUGGCUCCUUGGUUCUCUCCAACGACACGGUUUUCUGCUGGUCUCUCGAGCCUUUUGGCCUCCUGGUGCAGAACUAGUGGCCAAUCCAUCUCGGCACAAAGCGAUUUUAAGUAGAAGGGGAAAUGUUUAUAUUUUUUCAUUGUCUCCUGAUAACUAUUCUAUAUCAAUCUGAGCCUGACAUUAAACGAUUCACUUAUAUUUAUAUAAACAAAUAUGCAGUUUAUUUCUUUUUCCAACAGCUAAUUAAUUAUACUUUUUUAUCUUUGCAAAUUAUAAGGCUUCCAUCUGUGGGCCCUGAAUAAAUUUAUUGAAUUGAGUUUAUGCCUUCAA